GGUGUUUGUACAACAAAUCGGCUGGAUUCAGAUAAAAUACAGGGUCUCAAAUCGAAUGGAAAUAUCAAUUUUUUUUAGUGGUUUAAUUUUUAAAGAUAUUAUUAACGCAGAUAAUGAAUGAUAUUGAUGAUGGUGGACGACAACAACAACAACAACAACAGCAACAACAACAACGACGAUUAAUAGAACGUUUUAGAUCGGCAAUAAUGGCUUGUUUUGAAAAUUAUCAAACAGAUUUACGACGACCAAAUCCAGUUCAUUAUUAUAAUAAUACAUUACGAUUAUUAUUCAAUGAUCUUUAUGAUAUGGUUGUACAGAUAACAAAAUUAUCAUCAAUUGAUAAAGAUCCAAUUGAUUAUAUUUAUGAUAUUUAUUCGGAAUGUGCAACAAAAGCAUUUGGAAAAUUUGCCGAAAAUCUUGAACAUGAUCUACAAUCAACAAGUAAUUGUAAACCAACUGUAUGGAAAUUUGGUUCAUAUCAAUCAAGAAAUCAAUCAACAAUUAAUAUUGCUAAAAUAUUGAUUGAAUUUUGGUCACAAUUUAAACGAAAUGUAUUACCAUUUUUAUUGGCAACAUUUCAAUAUGUUGAACGAAGACGACGAAAACGACAACAACAACAACAACAACAGAAACAACAACGAUAUCGACGAAUGAUGCUUGAAGAAUUAACACGAACAAUAUUUAUAGAAAUUUUUUUCGAACAAUCAUCAUCAAUUAUAACACAAUAUUGGCGGCCAUUAAUUAUUGAUUAUCUAUUAGAAAAACAUAGACAAAUACAACAAUAUCUUUGGUGUAGAAAACCAUCCGAACGAUUACCAUUAGAAACGGAUUCAUUAAUUAGAUGGCCCUCAUUUCAACAUAAUCGUGUUAUAAAAAUGCUUCAAGAUGAACAUUAUAUUGUUAUCAAAAAUUUAAUACAAACAUUAUUGGAUGUUGGUUUUGAUCAGGCUACUUAUUAUAAAGUAUUUCUGAUACCAUUUUUAGAAGAAGAUUUGGAAGCAUUUCUCGUACAAAUGUCAAAUCAUUUGAUGAAUGAAUUAGCACCAUUAGAAUAUUUAAAUUUUUUAAUGAAUUUUAUACAAAUGCAAUCAUGGUUUAUCAAUUCGGUAUUAAUUUUACCUGAAGAAUCAUUACAACAAAUUAAUUUAUUUACAAUUGAAUUUUUAUUGAUUAACAAUGCUAAUCGAUUAAUCAUCGGUAAUAAUAAUGAAAAUGAUGGAUCAUUUAAAUCAAUGUUAAAUCAUAAAUUCUAUGAUCGUAUGACACAAUUUUAUUCAUUAAUGAUGAAUAUAACAGCGGAAAAAUUUUUAAUUUCAAAACAAAAUAUUUUAAUUAAUCAAUUUAUUGAUUUUCUCAUAAAAUAUCAUGGUGAACGUAUCAAUUGGUUUACCAAUCAAUAUCGUUGUGUUAGCCGUUUUGAAGCAAUAGAAUUUGUUCAGGCAUUAUUACAUGAACAUGAUCAUUGGGAUCAUGUUUUGAAUAAAGUAUUCAAUAUUAAAGAAACAAAUGAUAUAACAGAUAAUAACGGUAAACGAACAAACAAAUCAUUAGCAAUGAAAAAGAAACCAUUUUCCAAAUUAAUUGAUAAAUAUCAUUAUGAAUUAAUGAAAAUUGAUACAAAUGUUUCACAAGCAUUAGCAUUCUAUAUGCAUGAUCUACUUUGUAAAGAUUCAAUAAUAAUGUCAUUACAAACGAUUAUAUCGGUAGAAUUUGAAACACGUAUUGAAUUAUUAAAUCGAAUCAAUUUUAUUAUUGUUUAUAUAAAAGAUAUAAAUCUAUUUUUUGAUUUUACAAAACAUUAUUUUACACAACGUAUGUUAACAAAUUUAUCAUAUUUUUCAAAUGAUCAAGAAAUGGAUAUGAUGAAUGAUAUGAAUCAUGUUAUACGUUUAAAUUUUAUGUCAAUGAAAGGUGAUGGUCAAUCAAGAAGUUUUCUACAAAAUCUUAAUGAUUUUAAAAAUAUUGCCAAUGAUUAUGUACAUUCAUUUGUAAAGGUUAAUAUGAAUAACAAUAAUAAUAAUAAUAGACGACGAAGAAUGAUUAGAAAUUUUCUUGAAUCAUCAGCCAUAUUGAAUGCAGGAACAUGGAAAUUGACUGAAUUUGAUCAUUGUUGGAUUCCAUCCCGGCUAUCACGAUCAUUCGAAUCAUUAGAAUAUUUAUUUCGACAACAAUAUGAAAAUCAAAAAUUAUUUCUUAAUACAAAAUAUUCAACAGCUGAAGUUUCAAUGAUAACAUUGGAUAGAUCUAAUAAUAAUAAUAAUAAUCAUGAUAAUGAUUCUUUAUUAAAACAACCGGUAACAUUAUUAAUGUCAUUACAUCAGCUUGCCGUUAUUGAACAAUUUAAUCGACGUAAUCAACAAUUAUCAUUUGAAAUGAUUGUUGAUGAAACACAUUUUCAAAAAGAAAAUAAUCUUCGUAUUGCAUUAUUAUCAUUGAUUUAUUGUGGUCUUAUUCGACCAAUUAUCAUCAACAAUGAUAAUCAUCGUAAUAUGCAACAAUCAUCAAAAAAACCAACAUUAGAAUCAUUAUUAUUCGAAUUGAAUGAUGAAAAACGAUUUCGACAACUUAUCGAUACAAAUCAAUGUUCGAAUCGAUUAAUAGCUUAUGAAUAUAUUGAUUUUAUUAAUGUUAAACAGCAACCACUUGAUAAGGAAAUGGUCAAAAUUUUUCCCAUUAUUGUACAGUUAUUGACCGACGUAGAAAUGACAAAUGCAUCACGUAAACAUCUACCUCCAACACCUUCAAUUUCAAAUCUACAUAAAUCAACACCAUCACUAUUGAAUCGAAAUCAUAAAUCAACACCGCCAUCAACACAACAGUCAUCAUCACCAUCACAGAAUAAUAUUUCAUUGAACGAUAUACAAACACGAUUAAUACAGCUAAUCGAUAAACGUUAUAUUCGACGAAAUACUGAUGGUGGUUUUGAAUAUAACAUCGAAUGACAAACAAAACAAAAAAAUGAAUGAAUCGUUCUUACAUGAUUCUCAAUACGAAAAAAAAAUGCAUUUAAUCAACGAAU